AAAUGGUCGCGUCAAAUGAAAGCCAAGAGCCGGGACCAUAUAUACCCCCAGUCCCCAGCUCCCCCUUUCCCCCCAUCCCAAUCAAAAGCCCUCUCCGUCUCCGAGCUCCGGUGGAAGGAGAGAAGGGAGAAAACGCUCCUCGAUCGAAGCAAGAUGGCGCUUCCGGGCCAACAGGCGGUUGAUUAUCCGAGCUUCAAGUUGGUGAUCGUCGGCGAUGGUGGCACAGGCAAGACUACCUUCGUGAAGAGGCACCUCACCGGAGAGUUUGAGAAGAAAUAUGAACCUACUAUUGGGGUUGAAGUCCAUCCCCUGGAUUUUUUCACCAACUGUGGGAAGAUCCGGUUCUACUGCUGGGAUACUGCAGGGCAGGAGAAGUUUGGUGGGCUUAGGGAUGGAUACUACAUCCAUGGUCAAUGUGCAAUUAUCAUGUUUGAUGUCACCGCACGGCUUACAUACAAGAAUGUUCCUACAUGGCAUAGGGAUCUCUGUCGGGUCUGUGAGAACAUUCCCAUAGUUCUUUGUGGCAACAAGGUAGAUGUCAAGAACAGGCAGGUGAAAGCCAAGAUGGUUACCUUCCACAGGAAGAAGAAUCUUCAGUACUAUGAGAUAUCUGCUAAGAGUAAUUACAAUUUUGAAAAGCCAUUCCUCUAUUUGGCUAGAAAGCUUGCUGGGGAUCCAAAUCUUCACUUUGUUGAAUCACCAGCUCUUGCUCCUCCUGAAGUACAGAUUGACAUUGCUGCGCAGCAACAGUAUGAGGCUGAGAUAGCUGCUGCUGCAGCACAACCCCUUCCGGAUGAUGAUGAUGAUGCAUUUGAGUAAGUGGAGGGAUGAUAGUGUUGGCGGGAUGUCUUUGCUUCUAAACUACAGCAUCGUUUCUUUUUCUAAUCUAGGAAAAAAGCCAGUUGAUUUUGCAUUUGAUGUCCCUAUUUGUGGAGUAUUAUUAGAUGAUUGGAUUGGGUAGGUCACGGGUCUGUCAUUGGCAUUUGCUAGGACUGCAUUUUGGAUGUUCUUUUGCUUGUCUUGUUACUUCUGUUUAAGCUUGGAAAUGUUUGGUUUCCAAGUGAUCCGUGCCUUCUGAUUUUUGCAUUAAAUUCAGUACUGAGAAUAUGCGAUGUCAGGCUUAUGGUUAAGUUUGCCAUCUACGGCAAAUCUGGUUUCAA